ACCAACACGGACAUGAGUCAAAACACCAGUUGAUAGCUUCAGCCCCUGAAAUAAUUUUUCAACUGUUGUAAACACAUGUUUUGCAGUGGUGAUGAAUAUGCCACUAAAUGUUUUGUUUGUUAUUGUAAAGAAAAAAUACUUUUGCAAAAUUGGGGCGAGUUAGCGAACUAGUCGGUGAGAGAGCCAUUCAUGACAGCAAGCUAACUGCUAGCAAGCAAGCUCUAGCUAGCUAACGUUAGCUAUCAGGGUAGCUAGUGCAAGAGUCAGAGGAUUAAUUCAAACGCUGUUGUCAAGAAAACGUGUAUCCUUUCAUAUCAUAGUAGUCAGCUAGCAAGCCAGCCAGUCAGCAAAAUGAGGAUACGUUCGUCUGUUUUUGCCUGUUUUUGUCUCAUACUGGAGGUAUUAGGCAUUGCCUUGUUUCUUAGGGGAUUUUUCCCAGUCCCUAUCAAAUCUUCUUUUUCAUCGAAGAGCAAGUUGUCAGAUGUUCCGCCUGAACCCUUUACCGGAAGAUCCCUCAACUCCUCCAAAGUCCCGGACGCCCUUUUCAAGAGAGUAGUGAUAGUGUUGAUCGAUGCUCUCAGGGAGGACUUUGUGUUUGGUCCAAAUGGGAGAAAAUAUAUGCCUUACAUCAGGCACUUGGUGGAGAGGGGCUCCACACACAGCUUUGUGGCCAAGGCAAGACCUCCUACAGUUACAAUGCCCAGAAUCAAGGCCCUGACCACAGGUAGUAUCCCAGGCUUCAUCGACGUGGUGAUGAACCUGAACUCCCCAGCGCUGCUGGAGGACAACCUUAUCUGGCAGGCCAAGGCAGCGGGCAAGCGGAUGGUAUUCUACGGGGACGACACCUGGGUGAAGCUCUUCCCCAAGCACUUCAUGGAGUACGAUGGCACGACCUCUUUCUUCGUGUCCGACUACACCGAGGUUGACAACAACGUGACGCGUCACCUGGACAGCACCCUGAAGAGAGACGACUGGGACAUUCUGAUCUUGCACUACCUGGGCCUGGACCACAUCGGCCACAUCAGUGGACCCCACAGCUCCCUCAUCCAGCCCAAACUAAUGGAGAUGGACGACAUCCUCAAGAAGAUUCAUGGCUCCCUCAUCUUAAAGGAGGCAGAGGGGGCGCUGCCCUACCUGCUGGUGCUGUGUGGGGACCACGGGAUGUCCGAGACGGGCAGCCAUGGGGGCUCGUCUGAGCAUGAGGUCAAUACACCCCUGGUGCUCAUCAGCCCCGCCUUCAAGAAGAAAGUUGGGAUGGAGAAACCAUCAACAGUAGAGCAGGUGGACCUGACCCCGACCCUGGCUCUUGGUCUGGGCCUGCCCAUCUCCCAGAACAGCGUGGGCCGACUCAUCCAGCCCGUGGUUGACGAGGCCUCGCUCAGGGACCAGCUGCGCUUUCUGCACCUCAACGGCCACCAGCUGAGCUACCUGCUGAAGGACAGCAUGCCAGCCUAUGAGAAAGAGGAGGGCUAUGAGCAGUUCCGUGUGGCAGAGAAGUCCCAUGGUAACUGGGUGAAGCUGGUGGUGGAGGGCAACACAUCAGAGGUGCUGACCAACAUGGGGAAGAAGGUGUUCAAGCAGUACCUGGAGGCCCUCAGGGCCAUGAGCGAAGCCCUCAGCAAGCAGCUGGGCAAAUAUGACAUAUAUUCCAUGGUGGUGGGCAUGGUCCUUGUCUUCCAGCUCCUUCUCCUCCUGCUGCUGGCCAUGCCCGAGGCACUGAGCAGUGCCUCAGAGGUGGAUCUCCCUGUGUCUUCUGCUCUGCUCUCGCUGCCCUUCUACCUGCUGUGCUUGCUCCUCUCCUCCGUGCACGUGCUGGUGUGCACCUCGGCCGAGAGCUCCUGUUACUUCUGCAGCCUCUCCUGGGGACUGGUGUUCGGGGCAGUGGCCCUCUCCUCAGCCCUGCUCUGCAUCCUGCUAUCCAUGGCAGCCAGGAGGGGAGCAAAGCCCCCUGGGAAGUCUCCAUCCCAUGGUGGUGUCAGUGGUGGGUGGUCUCUGUCGGAGCUGGACAUUCUUCUCCUGGCGGGCACGGCUGGCCACACCCUCAGCCUGUCGGCCAGCAGCUUCGUGGAGGAGGAGCACCAGGUCUGGUACUUCCUGCUUAACACCCUCUGCCUGGUCGUCUUCCAAGACGUCUGUCGCAAGUACUUCCGGGAGCGCCGUGCCAACUUUGGGAGUUUGGAGGACGACGACUACAUCCUCCCCUCCAAUGAGGGGGACGUGGUUGCCUCACCGUUAGCUGAUUUGGGGGUGACGGAUGCAGGUUCGGAGAAGUGGCUGGCCCUGGCUACCCCACCGCUCACCCUGGCGUGUUGUCGUCUGCUGCGCUCGCUCAACCAGACCGGGGUGCAGUGGGCUCACCUGCCUGACCUGGGACACUGGCUCAACAGCUUCGAACACAAGAUGGUGCUAUCCUUGUUCGCCGCCUUGUCAUUGGCUCUGAUCUACUUCCUGGUCCAGCGGAGAUGUUCCUGGGUGUCCAAGAUUGCCCUGGCCCUUGGCCUUCUGGGUGUAUACAGCUACCGGGCGGCGGUGGGCAACGUUGUGUUUCCGUGGCAACAUGGUGGUGGAAACAUGUCCAAGGGGACCGUGGAGGCACGCUUUGUGUAUGUCUUCGUCCUGGGCAUCCUCUUCACGGGCUCCAAGGACCUGUUGCGGUCCCAGGUCAUCACAGCCGAUGCCAGGCUGAAGAGCAGGGGUUUAUGGGAAAUCUACAGUGGUGUCGUUCUGUUGGUGGCCCUGUUGUUCCGAGCCCACAACCUGCCGGUGCUGUGCUGCUGUUUGCUGGUCCAGACUUUGAUGGCCCAGUUCAUCUGGAAGAAGCUCCACUACGACGCUGCACAGACCACCAUCAUGCACUACUGGUUUGGACAGGCCUUCUUCUACUUCCAGGGGAACUCCAACAGCAUUGCCACGGUUGAUAUCUCGGUGGGCUUCGUGGGACUGGAGAGCUACGUAGAGGCCCCGGCUUUCUUCCUCACCGCCCUCAGCACGUAUGCCGGGCCCCUGCUCUGGGCUGCCCACCUGGUUUGCUACCUCAGCUCAGAGAAGAGGAGCUCAGUGGCGGUCGGCCAUGGAUGCUACUGCUUGGCCCUUUUGCGGUCCGUGCCGGCGGCAGCCUACGUGGUGUUGGUCACGGCCCUGCGCUACCACCUCUUCAUUUGGAGCGUCUUCUCACCCAAGCUGCUGUAUGAGUCCAUGCACACACUGCUCACCGUUGCAAUUUGCCUCUUCUUCACCACCAUGGAGCAGAGCCGCAGGCCCUAGGGAGCCCACGGCUCAGAGGGCUCUCAACUUUCAGGAAGGGGUUAAGGAGAAGGGCAAAGACUCAUGGGUAAUGGUGGUCCUGAUACUGUCCUAGUUGACUUCUGGAUGCCCCACUCCUACACUCUGAAGGAGAAGGUGGGAAUGUACUGUCCACUGCACUGGACUUCUAGGACUGCAGCAUUCACUUGGGUGGCAGGUAGCCUAAUGUUUAAGAGCGUUGGGCCAGUAACCGAAAGGUUGCUGGUUUGAAUCCCUGAGCAGACUAGGUGAAAGAUCUGUCAGCAAGGCACUUAACCCUAAUUGCUCCUGUAAGUGGCUCUGGAUAAGAGUGUCUGCUAAAUUAAUACAAAAAUGUUCAAAUUCACCUUUUGGUACGCAAUAUCUUUUCUCAGAUGGAACUUUGUCUCUUGUAUGGACUAAAGCACAACUUUUUUAGUAAGAUUUAGAUAUUUUAAGGUGGUGGGUUCUACUGAAGUCUGUUCAGGUAUUUAUUGAGCAGGGCUGAAAAUGGGUAAAGGAGUCAAUUCUAUAAAUUAUUUCAUUUGAAUGUGUCAAAGCACAAUCUCUUGAAAUUGGAUUUGUAUUCCUUCCUUUUGUUGUGUUAUUGUUUGUUUUGUUUAUGUAGAGUAGUAAGUUUUUCUAUUGACCCCCGGCUCUGUAGUGCUCUAUCCCAGUAGAGUAGUAAGUUUUUCUAUUGACCCCCGGCUCUGUAGUGCUCUAUCCCAGUAGAGUAGUAAGUUUUUCUAUUGACCCCCGGCUCUGUAGUGCUCUAUCCCAGUAGAGUAGUAAGUUUUUCUAUUGACCCCCGGCUCUGUAGUGCUCUAUCCCAGUAGAGUAGUAAGUUCUUCUAUUGACCCCCGGCUCUGUAGUGCUCUAUCCCAGUAGAGUAGUACGUUUUUCUAUUGACCCCCGGCUCUGUAGUGCUCUAUCCCAGUAGAGUAGUAAGUUCUUCUAUUGACCACCGGCUCUGUAGUGCUCUAUCCCAGUAGAGUAGUAAGUUCUUCUAUUGACCACCGGCUCUGUGGUGCUCUAUCCCAGUAGAGUAGUAAGUUUUUCUAUUGACCACCGGCUCUGUAGUGCUCUAUCCCAGUAGAGUAGUAAGUUCUUCUAUUGACCACCGGCUCUGUGGUGCUCUAUCCCAGUAGAGUAGUAAGUUCUUCUAUUGACCACCGGCUCUGUAGUGCUCUAUCCCAGUAGAGUAGUACGUUUUUCUAUUGACCCCCGGCUCUGUAGUGCUCUAUCCCAGUAGAGUAGUAAGUUCUUCUAUUGACCACCGGCUCUGUAGUGCUCUAUCCCAGUAGAGUAGUAAGUUUUUCUAUUGACCACCGGCUCUGUAGUGCUCUAUCCCAGUAGAGUAGUAAGUUCUUCUAUUGACCACCGGCUCUGUAGUGCUCUAUCCCAGUAGAGUAGUAAGUUCUUCUAUUGACCACCGGCUCUGUAGUGCUCUAUCCCAGUUGCAUUAUAUUUAUAAUAGUCCUCCAUACACUUAUAUCAAUUAUAUAGGUUAUAUAAAUGAUAUACUGUAGAUGUGUUCCAAGCUGAUAGCAAGCCAUACUUCCCUCCCACUUCCUGCCAUAGGAUACACAGGUUGUAAGCUGUUUAUUUUAAUUAAACAUUUUUAUUUAAACUUUAUUCAACUAUUUCAUACCCUAAAUUAAUAUGCAUUCUUUUAGUUGUGUGUGUGUGUGUGUGUGUGGAUAUAUAUAGAUAUAUAUAUAUAUGUGUGUGUAUGUAUAGAUAUAUAUGUGUGUGUAUAGAUAUAUAUAUAUAUAUAUAUAUAUAUAUAUAUAUAUAUAUGCAGUAAAAAUAGUUUUAAAAAAUCCCUGUCUUAGGUCAGUUAGGAUCACCACUUUAUUUUAAGAAUGUGAAAUGUCAGAAUAAUAGUAGAGAGAAUGAUUUAUUUCAGCUUUUAUUUCUUUCAUCACAUUCCCAGUGGGUCAGAAGUUUACAUACACACUCAUAGUAUUUGGUAGCAUUGCCUUUACAUUUUUUAACUUGAGUCAAACUUUUCGUGUAACUUUCCACAAGCUUCUCACAAUAAAUUGGGUGAAUUUUGGCCCAUUCCUCCUGACAGAGCUGGUGUAACUGAGUCCGGUUUGUAGGCCUCCUUGCUCGCACAUGCUUUUUCAGUUCUGCCCACAACUUUUCUAUAGGAUUGAGGUCAGGGCUUUGUGAUGGCCACUCCAAUACCUUGACUUUGUUGUCCUUAAGCCGUUUUGCCACAACUUUGUAAGUAUGCUUGGUGUCAUUGGCAUUUGGAAAACCCAUUUGUGACCAAGCUUUAUCUUCCUGAUUGAUGUCUAGAGAUGUUGUUUCAAUAUAUCCACAUAAUUUCCCUUCCUCAUGAUGCCAUCUAUUUUGUGAAGUACACCAGUCCCUCCUGCAGCAUAGCACCCCCACAACAUGAUGCUGCCCCCCCCCCCCAUAAAACUUCUGACCCCCUGGAAUUGUGAUACAGUGAAAUAAUCUGUCUGUAAACAAUUGUUGGAAAAAUUACUUGGCAUGCACGAAGUAGAUGUCCUCACCGACUUGCUAAAAUUGUAAUUUGUUAACAAGAAAUUUGUGGAGUGGUUGAAAAACACAUUUUAAUGACUCCAACCUAAGUGUAUGUAAACAGUCAUUAAACUUGUUGUAGACCACUACGAGUCAUUAACUGACCUAAAACAGGGAAUCUUUACUAGGAUUAAAUGUCAGGAAUUGUUCAAAACUGAGUUUAAAUGUAUUUGGCUAAGGUGUAUGUAAACUUCCGACUUCAACUGUAUGUUUAUGUUAAAUGUUUUACUCUGGGAAUAUAUAGAAAUGCAGUGAAAGCUUUGUGAAUACAGUGGAUCAUUACUAGUAUACAGAUGACAAUUGAUUCACUUGGUGAAUGUUGUUAAUCUAAAGAUAAUUUGGAUUCACCUGCUGUGUGGGGACAAAGCUUAAUUCUUGGGUUACAUUUUCCAUCUAUAAGCGGUUAUUUUUUAUAAAUACAUUUUUGUUUGAAGCCAUAUUUCACUUCUAUUUCUGUAUUGCUCAUUUGAUUUCUAAUCUAAAAAUGUGCUCCAAUCCACAAUUUGAUGUCUUCCUACUUCUGCCAGACCUGUGAAACCUAAUCAUUGGCAAUUGGGAGCCCUUGCCCUAACACGCUAAUCAAAUUAGAUUACAAAAUGAACUAAUAAAUUGCUGACUUAAA